UAAGAUCGAAGUAACAUCGAACGGAUAUCGACCAUAACCCUCCGUCCCAAUGGUCGCUUUCAAGUCUCUUAUCGUUCUUGCCUUCGCUGCUGUUACACUCGGUGCUCCGAAUGUCCGUCGCCAACUCGAGGAAGGCGCCGAUUGCACCUACGUUGUCACACCUUCAGCUAAUGCAGAUGGAAUUAACCUGUCUAGUGAAGUGAACUUCAUGAUCGGGGAUGAAGUGGCCAUAGAAACUAAUGGUCCAAUCUUCAAUGGAGGCCUGAAGGCCUCAGUCAACGAAGACGGAAGUGUCACGGUUUCCGGAAAGAUUGCAGCCGACAAUCUGAAAGCUGAUGAACUGAAAGCAUUGCUGACAUCGUGGCCGGGGAAUGUGACGCUGCAUGGAUUGCCCCAGAACGGGAAUUUGCUAUGGACGGUCAAUAGCGUCACAUGCCAGUAAUUGGGAAUGAGUUGAAUCUAGAGACGUGCAGAAUGAAUGGUUAAAAAACUACUACUAUGGGUAUUUAACAUGCGUGAAAUUGAGG